AGACUGGGAAUGAGGGAGGGAGAGUGGAUUUGGCAGGGGAGGAGGGAGAUAAUAAGUUCAUCCUGGCACAUGCUAAAUAUGAGAUGUUUAUAAGAUAUCAAGGCAGAGAUAUUCUGUUGGUUGCUAGAAAUGUGGAUGUAGAGCUUGGAGAGGUCUGGCCAAAAUCAAGAGAUGAUGGGAGUUAGAGUUGGAGCAUGGAGUCAAUAGUUGAAAAUAUGAGCAUUUAAAGUAUGAGUCACCCUGGAAAGUAUAGAGAAUGAUUGUUAUACAGCAGAAACUAACACAACAUUGUAAAGUAAUUAUACUCCAAUAAAGAUGUUAAAAAAUAAAACAACAAUUAUACUUAAAAAAAAAAAGAAAAGAAAGUAUAGGGAAUGAAAACAGAAGAAAUGAAGAAUGGAACCCCAGGAGGGCUUCCCUGGUGGCGCAGUGGUUGAGAAUCCGCCUGCCGAUGCAGGGGACACGGGUUCAUGCCCCGGUCCGGGAAGAUCCCACAUGCUGCGGAGCGGUUGGGCCCGUGUGCCAUGGCCGCUGAGCCUGUGCGUCCGGAGCCUGUGCUCUGCAACGGGAGAGGCCACAACAGUGAGAGGCCCGCGUACCACAAAAAAAAGAAAAAAGAAUGGAACCCAAGGAAACACCAACAAUAAAGGGAUGGGAAAAGAAAUGCCUUAAGAAGAGAGAUUCGGAAAGAAAACCUAAAAAGAGUCUGAAGUGAAGAUAUUUUGCUCUAAGAACAUACUGGGCAUCCUUGGCUUCUCCUCUGUCAUCGCUGUGGUAGCACUGCUCGCUCUGGGGCUGACCCAGAACAAACCACUGCCAGAAAAUGUUAAGUUUGGGAUUGUGCUGGAUGCGGGCUCUUCUCAUACGAAUUUGUACAUCUAUAAGUGGCCAGCAGAAAAGGAGAAUGACACAGGGGUGGUGACUCAGAUAGAAGAGUGCAAAGUAAAAGGUCCUGGAAUCUCAGAAUUUGCUCAAAAAUUAAGUGAAAUAGACAUUUAUCUGACUGCGUGCAUGGAAAGAGCCAGGAAAGUGAUUCCAACAUCCCAGCACACAGAGACACCUGUUUACUUGGGAGCCACAGCAGGCAUGCGGUUGCUCAGGAUGGAAAAUGAACAGUUGGCAGACAAGAUCCUGGCUGCGGUGGCAAACAGCAUCAGCAGCUACCCCUUUGACUUCCAGGGUGCCAGAAUCAUCACUGGCCAAGAGGAAGGUGCCUAUGGCUGGAUUACUAUCAACUAUCUGCUGGGCAGAUUCACUCAGAAAUUGAGUUGGUUUAACCUGAAACCAAGUGAAGGCGAUACUCAGGAAACCUAUGGAGCUUUAGACCUUGGGGGAGCCUCUACGCAAAUCACUUUUGUGCCCCGAAACGAAACGACUGAGUCUUCUAACAACACUCUGCGCUUUCGCCUCUAUGGCAAGAACUACGAUGUAUACACACACAGCUUCUUGUGCUAUGGGAAGGAUCAAGCCCUCUUGCAGAAACUGUCCAAGGACCUUCAGGGUACAAAUGGAACCAUCCGUGACCCAUGCUUUCACUCUGGAUACCGGAGGAAAAUGAACAUGAGUGACCUUUAUGAGGCUCCCUGCACCAGGAGAUUUGAGGCGACUUUUCCAUUUCUUCCAUUCGCUGAAGUUGAAAUCCGUGGCACUGGAAACUAUCGACAAUGCCGGCGAAGCAUCCUUCAACUCCUUAACACCAGUUACUGCCCUUACUCCAGCUGUUCCUUCAAUGGGAUUUUCUUGCCACCCCUCCAAGGGAAUUUCGGGGCAUUUUCAGCUUUUUACUAUGUGAUGGAGUUUUUAAACCUUACAUCAGAGGAACAGUCAGCUCAUAAAAAAAUGAUUAACACGUUGGAAAAGUUCUGCUCUCGGCCUUGGGAAGAGCUGCAGAUGUAUUUUGGUGAAGUGAAGGAGAAGUACCUGAGUGAAUACUGCUUUUCUGGCACCUACAUCCUCGCUCUUCUUCUGAAUGGCUAUCAUUUUACAGCUGAGUCCUGGAAGAAUAUUCACUUCAUGGGCAAGGUCCGGAGCACCAGCGUCGGGUGGACUUUGGGCUACAUGCUGAACCUGACCAACAUGAUCCCAUCUGAAGAACCAUUGUCCACACCUCUCUCCCACUCCACAUAUGUCUUCCUCAUGGUCCUCUUCUCCCUGAUGCUGGUCAUAGUGGUCAUAAUAGGCAUAUUUAUCUUUCACAAGCCUUCGUAUUUCUGGAAAGACAUGGUAUAGCAGGAACAGCUGAAAUCUGCUGGCUGGAGUGAGAAGAAAACUUGCCCAGGGAGCACUUUCCUCCACAGUGGUGUACAAGGCCAGUCUUGACCAGCAUGAAGCUUCCUUGGCUUUUGCUGAAGCCUUUCCAUGGGAGGUAUUUACCACCCACUGCCUCAAGAACUUCCUGGCAGACAUUGUCUCUUUUGUGAGUCUCUCCAAACUCCCCCCCUUUCUCUUUUGUACUCUGUGCUUGUGUAGCUCUUGAAGACCUGCCUCCUUUCAUGAUAGUUGCUUUAUAAAAGAAGAAUAUUGACUUUAUCCA